ACAGUCGGACCCGGGCCAGAGCGGGGAGAAUCACGUCUUUCCACUUUAGGACAGCUUCCCGGUUCAACAUUCUUCCGUCCCCGCAGCCGAGGGAGGCACUCCUCCAUCAGCGCAAAGCUGUGAUGAACGUCACCUCACAAGACCUAAUAACUAUAAUCUAAAUGCGAUAUAUCCCGAUGAAUGAAUGAAUUCUUACAUCCUCAACAGGACUCUGGGGUCCAUUCAUCCAUCCACGUUUCAUGUCGCGCAGACAACUCGCCUUGUCCUAAACCUUGAGCCGGCGCCCGGUAUACGCUUCUCCAGUCAGCACAAUACUCAAUUGGCGCAUGGUCGAUCCCAAGAUAUUCCAGAUGGGUCCUUGGACUUGGGCUUAGAAGAAGAGACGUUUGCUCAUCGAGCCGGAGUCAAAGUACUUGCCAUUGAUAACAAUGAAGGCAGAUUGUACGCCCCCUCUCGUCCCCAGUUGCAAGUCUUCAUACUGAAGGCUAUCUCAGCAUGGUCUCCGGCGGCGCAGACCCGUCCAUUCACCUAUGGGAUCUGGAGUCCCGCGGAUCCGAGCUGAAUCAUGUCCAUCGCUCGGUGGCAUCGGUCAAUAAGGCGUCGCAUGAGGAUGCGCACACGCAUGCGAUCACCUCCAUCUCGAUCUACCCCUUCGAUCCGACGCCGUCGACCAUCCUGACCACCUCGCACGAUGGCACGCUCAAGCUCUCCGCACUGUCUCCGGAGGCCAUCAUCCCCGUGCACACGUUCCGCCUCGACUGCACGCCGUACACCCACGCCAUGUCCUCGCACCCGGGCGCCCCGCUCCUCAUCGCCGUGGGCACCUCCGAGAAAGCCGUGCGCCUGCUGGACCUGCGCUCGGGGCUAUCAACGCACGGCCUGCCCGGCCACGAAUCCGCGGUGCUCUCCGUCGCGUGGGCGCCGCACCAGCCGCAUAUUCUGGCGACGGCCUCCACGGAUAACCGGGUGAUCCUCUUCGACAUCCGCCGCGGCGGGCACAACUCCGCCAUCGCGGCGCUGCACAUGGACGACGCGGUGGGCCUCGUGCGUGCCCCCACCACCGCCCCGCCCUCCUACCAACCGCGGCCGGCCUUCUCGCCGCAUGUGCGCGCGCACAACGGGGCCGUCACGGGCGUCCGGUGGACGUCGACCGGCUCGCACCUCGUCACCGCCGGGCAGGACGCCCGGAUCCGCGUCUGGGACGCGGGCACCGGGGCGAACACGCUGGUGCACUUCGGGCCCCGCGUGCGCAACAGCGUCUCCUCCCACCUGGCAGAGCGGGCGCCGCUCGUCGUCCCGCGGGGUCUCAUGGCGGCCGGGCAGGAGACGCUCCUGUGGCCGAAUUUCAACGAGCACGACGACCGCGGCGAGAUCUACAUGUUCGAGCUCCGCGAAGGAGCGUACAUCAAACGGCUCCGGGUGCCCGGACUGGCGACCACCGGACCGCAAUUUCGUGGCCGGUCGACCGCAUUGAGCGCCGCACGGAUCAACUCGCUUGCCUGGCGCGGCAACGGGGCAUCCGGCGAGGGGAUCGAGAUGUUCUCCGCUCACGGCGACGGCACCAUCCGCGGCUGGGUGUCGAGGGAGCCGAAAGGGGAACCGGACGAGGCGGAGGAGGCCGAGCGAGCCGACCGCAAACGCAAACGCGAUGUACUGGACGAGAUCUACCGUGGCUUUAUCGGUUGAUCGUGCUGGUAUACACAUAUAUAUACCAAUGUAGCAUACGCAGAUACAUCCACAUGAAUAUACAUGCACAUUUAUAUUCAACUACAACGGGUGGAAUUGAUCAUGACCAUAUCAUGCGAUUCUCAUUAUACAACAAUCAAGACCCGUCCAAAAC